AUGUGCGGGGACUAUAGAAGCACAGUGAAUGCGAGCAUCAAGCCCACAGCGUAUCCCCUGCCAACGGUAGCUGAGUUGCUGGCAAUUCUUCGGGGUGGACAGAUAUUCUCCAAGAUUGAUUUAACACAGGCUUAUCAACAACUGCACUUCGACAAGGCCACUUCAGAAAUGCUGACCAUCAAUACAAUUAAAGGCUUGUACGCAGUGAAACGGCUACCAUUCGGCGUUUCAGCAUCACCAUCUAUAUUCCAACGCUUCAUGGAUACUCUGCUCGCUGGAUUGCCCGGGCUUUGCGCCUAUUUGGACGACAUCCUCAUCAUGGGAGCGUCGAAUGAAGAGCAUUUAGAUCGUCUGGAAGCAGUUCUGCAGCGUUUGCAACAAGCAGGCCUUAAAGCCAACAAAGAAAAGUGCAUAUUUGGUGUACGUGAAGUGCAGUUCCUGGGAUACGGAGUGAGCUCUAAGGGAGUUGAGCCAACGUCUGAAAAGGUCGAAGAAAUAACGAGUCACCAGAACCAGCAAACAAGUCGGAACUACAGUCUUUUUUAG